AUGCGAAAUACGGCUGCUAGAUCACUUCUACGGCAAAGAAUCGCUCGUCCCGAGCUCACGAGAGUUCAGGAUGUAAUUCUUCGACCGCGCUUCACAGCGGCCGGCCAGAAUUUUUUUCCGCCGCAGCAAUGCCUGAACCAAUUCGCCGCACCGAGCCCGUCCCCGGCAUUCCUCAGCCCGCGCGCCUUCCACACCACGGCGCAACGGUGUAAGAAAGUCCGCGACAACGGCAAGGACUCCAACGGCUCCUCGUCCGCCGGCGCCGGCGCAGCAGACACCCCGGGCCGACACCCGUCCGCGAACCCCGAGGAGCCGCUCGACUUCGCGGACGUAGAGUCGCGGAUCAAGGGAACGAACGAGCACUUCGAAGGCGUGCUGAAGAAGCUGCGGUCGGGAGGGCGCUUCAACCCGGACGUCGUGGGCGCGCUGCGGGUGCAGCCGGACCGCAAGGACAGCACGACGUACCCGCUGAAGGAGGUAGCGCAGAUCGUGCCGCGCGGGGGGCGGACGAUCUCGAUCCUGGCGCACGAGGAGGCGUACGUGAAGCCGAUCAUGAGCGCGGUGCAGGCCAGCGAGGACUUCAACCAGCAGCCGCAGCGCGUGCCCGACAACGAGCUCGAGCUGCUGCUCAAGAUCGAGCCCGAGACCAAGGACGAGGUGCUCCGCCGCGUCAAGGCCAUGUUCACCGAGUGGCGCGACCGCCUGCGCAGCAUACGCCACAAGCGCGACAAGCAGCACACGUCCUGGCUCCGCGACAAGGUCAUAGGGCCCGAUCUCAAGAGGUCGGCUGAUAAGGAGCUCGAUAAGGUGAUUAAGGCCCAGAUGACGAAGAUCGACGGCGUUGAGAAGGAGACGCUUAAGUCUGUCGAGUCAUCAUCCAAGUGA